AUGCAAUCCGCGAAGAACGCAGCGCCCGUCGUGAGCGCCGCGCUGCAGGCGCUCGUGUACGGUGGUACGGGGGCGUAUGGACUCUAUCACAGUUUGUUCAACGUUGAAGGCGGUCAUCGGGCGAUCGUGUACAAUCGCUUCGUCGGGGUAAAGGACAAGGUGUACUCGGAGGGGACGCACUUCAUCGUGCCGUGGGUCGAGCGCCCGUACAUCUACGAUGUGCGCGCGCGGGCGCAUCAGGUGAACUCACAGAGCGGGUCGAGAGAUUUACAAAUGGUCAACAUAUCGAUCCGGGUUUUGACGCGCCCCGAUACGUCGCGGUUGCCGGAGGUGUAUAAGACCUUGGGAAUGGACUUCAACGAGCGCGUGUUGCCGAGCGUGAUUCACGAGACAGUGAAGUCGGUCGUGGCGCAGCACAACGCGAGCGAGCUGAUCACGAAGCGGCAGGAGGUAUCGCUGGCGAUUCGUCGAUUGUUGCAAGAGCGGGCGAGUCAGUUUAAUAUGGUGCUCGACGACGUCUCGCUCACGGCGCUGACGUUCGGGAGGGAGUACACGGCGGCGAUCGAGAGCAAGCAGGUGGCGCAGCAAGAGGCAGAGCGAGCCAAGUUUGUCGUCGAGCGAGCCAAGCAAGAGAAGCUCUCGGCGGUGAUUCAGGCCGAGGGUGAAGCGAAGUCGGCGAAGCUCAUUGGCGAGGCCAUCGCAAAUAACCCCGCCUUUUUGACCCUGCGUAAAAUUGAAGCCGCUCGAGCCAUCGCGCAGACGAUGGCCAACUCCAGCAACCGCGUCAUGCUGAGCGCCGAUUCCCUUCUGUUGAACCUGCAGGAUAACGACAAGGAUGGAAAGAAGUGA